UUCAGCCGGGUGACGGUCACACGGUCAGCUGAUAUUUUGCUGCGAUUUCGCCCGGGCUGCUUUUCAUCUUUACAAGAUGAUCGCCUUGUUCAACAAGCUCCUAGACUGGUUUAAAGCGCUGUUCUGGAAGGAAGAAAUGGAGUUGACGCUGGUCGGCUUGCAGUAUUCGGGGAAGACCACCUUCGUCAACGUGAUUGCGUCUGGCCAGUUCAGUGAAGACAUGAUCCCAACAGUGGGCUUCAACAUGAGGAAGAUCACCAAGGGGAAUGUCACCAUCAAGCUGUGGGACAUUGGUGGUCAGCCACGCUUCAGGAGCAUGUGGGAGCGGUACUGCCGAGGCGUGAGUGCCAUCGUUUACAUGGUGGACGCUGCAGACCGAGAAAAGAUUGAGGCUUCCAAGAAUGAACUCCACAAUUUGUUAGACAAACCCCAGCUCCAGGGCAUUCCUGUCUUAGUUCUGGGGAACAAACGGGAUUUACCAGGGUCGCUGGAUGAGAAGGACCUGAUCGAGCAAAUGAACCUGUCCGCCAUCCAAGACAGAGAGAUCUGCUGCUAUUCCAUCUCCUGCAAGGAAAAGGAUAACAUCGACAUCACGCUACAGUGGCUAAUCCAGCAUUCGAGAACAAGGAGAAGCUGAGUCACGCAGGUUCCUGAAGUCCUCCUCGCUUCUGGUCUGCCCCGUCACCCUCCCUACUUCUGUCCCAUUCGUCUUUUCCUGACCCCGUCUUGUCCAGGAUGUGUCCAUCUUAAUGGCCUUUGCAAGGUUAAUAUCAUCAAUUUGGUUCCAUUUCUGUAAAAGACGGGACAAAAAACAUUGUUUGCACUUUCUUUUCUUUUUUUUUUUUUUAAAUUCUAUCUGAUCGUCUUAAUGGAUUUUACACUUGGGUACAUUGACACUUGUUGCAUAACUUCUGGAUGUCGUUCAUUUCUAGCAUUAAUUGAUUGGCCGGAAGCAAAGGAGAUGUUUGAGUUCAGCAGUAAGGCCUUUCUGUUCCUCCGUCAUCCAGCGCAUUUAAAUGUAAGAAUCCCUUACUGAGCUCAUCAACAUUACAGUCUCAGAUUUUGUUGAAGUUAACCAGUCGCUGUGGGAAUGGUGAGCCAGAUCAUGUGAUUGUCCUGAGCAGUCCGAGAGCUUUGAGGAGCUGAGCUUGUCAUCCCGGGGCUUGCUUCUGUACCUCACAGCACAGACGUAGCUUUAACGUUACGAAACCAGGGCUUUUUGUUGCAGGGAGAAAUCUUUCUUGUAUGACGACUGGUUUAAAAUAAGUGCUUUGGAAAGUUUAGGCGCUGAGACACUAAAUGUCUUAAAAUCCAGUGCAAUAUUUAACAUUCAUUUCCACAUCUGUGAAUGGCAGGCAGUGAGGGGUAAAUGUAUUUAGUAUGUGGUUGCACAUUUGCUAUUAGGUCGCCAUAAGAAUGCUAGACUGACAUCUUUUGACUAUGCAACAAGUUUUUCAGUUUGUUUUAAUUUCUAAACAUGCAGGACUAAACUGUUUGUUUUAAACGAUUAACACUUGCCUGUCAUUACUAAGCCAUGCUGGAUCUCAACAAACCUGAUCAAUACUGGUAUCUUUAUUUCACUGAUACAUUUUAUAUAUGUAAAAACGAAAGCGAUAAGAACAGCCAUUUUCCUAAAACUUGGCUCUCAAAGAAACACUUAAGGGUCUCGUUUUAUGGUUUUUGUCACUGUGUUCUUAGAAUAUUGUUCUUUUAUAGAGCUUUUUAUCGUUUCCAAAUUAUUAAAGAUAAUGUAUAAUGGAAUGACACAAACAUUGUUGCACUUGGGCAGGUACAAGAGAAUCUUGCCAGUGGCGGUUUACUGCGAGCAGGAAGUACAUGAGAGAAAUUUGUCUAGUUAUGAAAGUAUUACAGAGGGAAAAACUGUUGAGAAAUGUCACUAUUCCACUACACAUCCAGAUGCAUUUUAACCAUGUAACACUUGGGUGAGAAGAGGGUUCAUGUCAUAUCGGGGUCUGAGUAAUCAUUGCUGGGGUCAUAAGAUUACAUAUGAAAUGUUUCAUAACGGUGGUUUUACAAUAAACUUUGGUUAUCCUGUAAUUUCAUUGCAAUCACAUAGAGUAAUAAAAUAAUAUAAAUGUGUCAGUUUGCCUGUUUCAUCUCAUUAAUGCCAUUGUUAAUUUUGUUUUCAGUGCACAUUUGUAAUUUAUGUAACGUUAAACUUUUGUUUACAAUUUGUGGACGUUCCCUUGGCCAUGGUUUUCAAGCUUAAGGUAUUAAGCAGUAUGGAUUGUCAGGUGAUGUAAAGGCUGGAUGCUGAUCAUGGUGCCAGGGACCGUGCAAAUCCUUGUAAGAGAGAAGCUAUUGCUUGUCUCUGUAAAAUCCUAGAGCUGAAACAUGUAUUCAUAUACAUAUAAUAUAAUGUAUGAAAUACUGCGGUGGUUAUUUGUGCUCUCGGAACAGCCUAGUGAUGAGUAACUCCGUACGUGUCUUUAACGUGUCUGAAUUCACAAGAUAGACUUUGACAUCGACAUUGCAUGAUUCCUGUUAAACGCCAAGCUUACUUACCAAUGUCCCUUUCAGUGUGUUGACCUCUUUGGCUCUGCCAACUUCAUCUGCUGCAGUGUAACCUUUGGCAGAAAGAAACUUGACCAAUACCAGGAUGAAUAUCACAUAGUUGCCCGUAACCUGAGUUAGUUUAAAAACAUUCUUUAUUUUGUGAAGUAAUUAAUCCUUGUGCUUGCCAUCAACUGUGUUGCCUUUUAUUUAAUUUAUUUUAGUCAUUUGCACGGUACUACCUUCAUCAAGUGUCUGUCAUAUUUAAUAUCGGUACUGAAUAGCGACAUGUUAUUGCAACAAUGUUAAAUGUUUUUUGAUUUUUUUUUUAAAUAAAUUCAUAAUUGUGCUUAUGAGAUCUUGUAUAUAGCUACUUAAAACCAAAUGGGCUGUUUUUGAUAUGGCAUCAUCUUGCUUGUGGAGGUGAGGCUGAAGAAUGUCUUUUGAUGUAUUAUGGCCAUUGGAAGGAUGUGUGGACCUGAUGUGCAAAUGCAUUGUAUCCUUAGAUAUUUAGAUCAGUAGUUUUUAAAGGGGUUUGAAUUGCCAGAGUAAAGCAAACUUCUGGGCUUGGUGUGAGCUUCCACUGAACAGCCAUUCUGAUUGGCUUUGGAAUGUGCUUUUUAAUAGUUUGUGAUUGGUGUUUGGAAUUCACUUUCACUUUUCAGUUCUCUGUCUGUGAGAAUUUUGUUCUCUUGUUCCGCAAAUGGUAGAGCUCCUGAGAAGGCUGUCAACAUGUUUUCUUGUUUUCUUCUAAAAUAAAGGCAGCUAUCACUAUUAUGUUCCCACAAUGCGCCCAAACUGGAUGAUGAAAUGUCGAUAUCAAUUGCUCGGAACAUGGAAUUUCAUUGGGAGGCUGUUGUUGAGUUUAUUCUGGGUGAGAUUUGACAAUGAGGUGAGGGUAGAACAGCAUGUAUGCUUGUUUGCAGUAGGAUUCCAGGUGAGGUUGACAUUCACCAUGAGAGAACGGACUGGUGUGAUGCUCUAAAUCAGUCAGUUGGUGUUUUAUUCAUUUAAAUAUAUAUUUUAGCACAGUGUUGGGGAGGAUAGUCUAACACGGGACCUGGUUUGUGGGGUACCUGUCUGUUUCCUUUCCUGCCUCCUUGUGUUCUUUUCUUCCGUUCAUCCCACAUAAAGACUUCUGUCAAGCACCCCAAGAGGAAGCUGUGCAAAGAGCACGGUGCAAAAUUACGAGGAGAAAGGUUCCCAUGCUUCAUGUGGGGUAGGACAGCUGGAUGGUCUUCAUGUUUAUGGUUGUCUACAGUGGCUCCGCCCCUUGAACUAUUGUCAUGGGGAUCAUCUACCAAGAAAUAUUACGCCAGUCAUUCUUGCGUUACAUCUUCAGAACGGUGUUUCUUAAAUAUGUAUAAAAUGUAUUAACAUGGCUGUCCCCUUUUAAAGUUUGUUUUGCAUUAAAAUGAACUUUUUAAAAUGACCAAUAUAUUCCAACAUAACCAGAGAACUUUGUGUUUAUGUUCUAAAACUUAAAAAAUUAAAGUUUAUUUUAUCUCUCUUUAUAUUACAUUGUUCUGCCAGUGAUAACUGUAUUGUUGCUAUUGUUAUCUUGAAAUAAUUUACAAUAAUAAAGUUUCCCACAAAGGAA